UCAAAAUUCACUCAAGUAUCAAGAGCGGAGACACAAUGGAGGAGAGCACGGUGCAGACACACUGCUGAAAGACUUAUCUGUGUGUUACACACCGUGCAGGUUUAUCCCAAACAGCGGAGUUUACGAACAGUUUGGAUAGUCUUCUUCUUCGCUUUUUAACUGUUUCUGCCGGUGAAAGAGAUUGCAUUCGGACAUUGAGCUGCAACAGAGGUCGCCAUGCCUCCCACAACCCCGUAUGCUGGAAAGUUCAGCUCCUGCGCAGCUUACGGCAACAACAACAACAACCACCCUCAGCCUCACAGCCCGUACCGCAACGGCACCGCCCCGAAGCCCGCGAAUGAAAACGUCUACAACGGCGCCUACUCCUCCACAGAGAACCCCUACGACAUACCGCAGCCUCACAGUUCCUACCGCAGCUCCUCCGUCUCCUCUGUCACCGCCAAGGAGCAACGUUUCAACAGCAGCUGCGCGGUUUCAGAGAACCCGUACACCUCGCCGCAGCACAGCACUUCCUGUCCAGGACGCGCCUACCGUCACACCAGCAGCAGCAGCGGCAGCGAGCAGUCUUCUCGUAACAACUCGGUCGCGGCAAAAGGCCGACGGUUCGGACACGGCGUCACCGCCAGCUAUGGGGAGAUGUGUUACCAUGACAACAGUUUGGUUUCAGCAUCCCUUGAUGCGUUGAUCCAGCACCUGGUGCCCACAGUUGACUACUACCCUGAUAGGUCGUAUGUGUUCACCUUCCUGCUGAGUUCACGCCUCUUCCUGCACCCGUACGAGCUCAUGACGAGGGUUUGUCACCUGUGUGUGGAGCAGCAGCGGUCCGGAGACGCCCUGCUGGAUAAGAUCCGUUUCCGCGAGGUGGCGCCCAAACUGGUGCAGCUGCUGACCGAGUGGACGGAGACGUUUCCCUACGACUUCAGGGACGAGAGGAUGAUGCGCUGCCUCAAGGACAUGACGCAGCACGUGGCCCGAGGGGACGAGUACUCCUGGCGAGCCAUGCAGCAGAUGACCCAGCGGCUCAUCAAACGCCUCUCUGCCCUCGGCCAGUACGAGGAGGCCGUCGCCGCGCUCAACGCCGUGGCGACGGAGCGGCCCGCUUCCCUGAAAAGCAAACAGGCCUCGGGUCAGCGGAGCGACGUAAUGACCGUGUGUGACGACCCCUUCAUCAUUGCACAGCAGCUCACACACAUUGAACUGGACAGACUGAGUUUUAUCGGCCCCGAGGAGUUCAUCCAGACAUUCGCCAUGAAGGAUCCUCUGGAGAACCAUAAGGGUUUCUUCCGGAAGCGCAAAACAAGCAACCUGGAGGCCUACAUCAACUGGUUCAACAGGCUGAGUUUCCUGGUGGCCACGGAGAUCUGUAUGCCAGUGAAGAAGAAACACCGAGCACGGAUCAUAGAGUUCUUCAUUGAUGUGGCUCAGGAGUGUUUCAACAUCGGCAACUUCAACUCUCUCAUGGCCAUCAUAACCGGGAUGAACAUGAGUCCUGUUGCCAGACUGAGGAAAACCUGGAGUAAAGUCAACACCGACAAGUUUGAAAUCCUGGAGCACCAGAUGGAUCCCUCCAGUAACUUCAGCAACUACCGCACUGCGCUCCGCGGCGCCACCCAGAGGUCCGAGACCGCAAACAGCAGCCAGGAGAAGAUCGUGAUUCCUUUCUUCAGUCUCCUCAUUAAAGACAUCUACUUCCUGAACGAAGGCUGUGCCAGCAGGCUGACCAACGGGCACAUCAACUUUGAGAAACUUUGGGAGCUUGCAAAGCAGGUGAGCGAGUUCCUGGUUUGGCGUCAGGUGAUCUGUCCGUUCGACAGAGACCGCCGGAUCCUCCAGUACCUCGUCACCACGCCUGUCUUCAGCGAAGACGAGCUGCACCUGGCCUCGUACGAGAGUGAAGGACCCGAGAACCACAUGGAGAAAGACAGUCGUAGGUCUCUCAGAUCUUCCCUUCUGCAUCGAGAGAAUCGCUCCUAAGAGAACGACAAUCUGCAGACUGUAAAUGAACGAGGUAUUUUAAAGCUACAGGUUCCUCCAAAUCAUCUUACGGACACAUUCUUUACAUUCCCUUGGACAACAAACGCAGCUGGGCCCACAAGGAGCAUAAAGGAUUCAGACAUCAGAUACUGUACUCCUUGAUGAAUUAGGUGCCAAAGGACCUCAAUGCUGCACUUUUGAACCUAGGACAGCUCGGAGGACCGAUCUGGAUCAUCAGCUGUGCCUCUUCUUCGACAUCAGCUCUGUCCAAGGCACUUAGACGGAUUUGCAGAAGCAGUGAAACGUGUGGAUUUUGUUUAUCUCCAGUGGACAUCCAUCCUGGUGACAACACAUUGUGGAAGGGCUCAUACUAUGGACGCUUAAAGGGGCCGUUUCUGUCUCCGAAUGAGACGGAUGUAUGGACCCCAGUUGGUUACAUUAUUGCAACAUGAGCACUGCUUCUCUGCGGACAUCCCGGCUGAGUUCAGUCAGAGCGGAGAGAGAUGCACUCUGAAAGGAAGAUCAUCGAUUUGUAUUAUAAGUAAGAGACUAACAACUGCUUUUUAGAAGUGCUGUUGUCUUGUUGAGUGCUCGAUUGUAACGGCAACAUCACGAGCAGCACCACAUCCAAUACAUUUCCUCUCAGUUUGCACACAGCAUCAAUUUCCGGGUCAUUCAAGCCGUUUGAUCUCAUUUCAACACAUAAUGCAGUACAUCAGCUACAUAUUCCCAAACACAUUUUACAGACGCUGCAUUUAUCAAUCAUGCUAUCCGGCUCUGAACAUGUUGUGAUGUGUGCACUUUGGUGAUGCAAAAACCGUGCGAGUGAUUGUGCUAAUCAUGCAAGUUAAAUCAAAUGCACUUCAAUGGGUUCAUGUGUAUUGUAUUACAUUAUAGGAUUUGGUGACUCCUAUUUCUAUACAGUAUUAAUUUGUAUUUUGUAACAAAUGUUAUUUUUUCGGUAUGUACUUACUCUGAAGUUUCAUCGUGAGCUUGUUGCUGGUUGGCUGGCUCUCUGUUGGUAAGCUAUUUCAGUUAAUACGACACCAGUUCAUGUAUGACAAAGAAGUGUUUUGGGUCUGAAUGAGGCACAAGCUGAUGUGUGUAUGUGCAGCUUAGAUACGGACAGGACGCUCGUCCUCCUUUUUAUCUCAUCUUGCGAUGAAGUGAUCCUUAAAGAUCUGCGUGAGUGUACGUGAUGCUAUUGUUACUGGUGUUUUUGUUUUUUUGUAAAAAGCUCAUUUUAAGUUUCAUUUUAUAAGUGUUUUCUCAUGUAUGAUGUUUCUGUGUGUUGUUUGUGUUACCGGUCAGGGUACUGAAGGUGAAAAGAGAAUUAUAUUUUUUCUUUCAAAUAAACAGAAUAACUGAA